CUCUCCCUUUCAAAAAUUUAACCCAUAAUUAUAGACAACUAGCACAUUACCAUUACCGAAUUCUGAAACGAGUUGCUCCUUUUGGUAUCAGAUUCUCCAAUCGCUCUUACGGACUCGGCUAAUACUCCCAUUGUAUCAAUACGCAGCUGCUAAAUAUUCUCAUUAAUAUAUUUGCUUUAGGGGUUUUGAGAUUAAUACCAGUGGAAAUGUGAUUGGGAUUAUGGUUAUUCGACAUGGCGAGGGACAGGUACGUGGUGCCGGCCGACCCUCAGGUGGCUGCAGCUUCGUCUGCAGCCGCCGUCAAGAAAAAAACGCAGCCGGCGAGGAGUUGGAUUCUCGUUGACGCUUCUGGUCAAGGCACUAUUCUUGAUGCCGACAAGCAAGCUAUCAUGCAUCGCGUGCAGAUUCACGCGCGCGAUCUUCGGAUUCUGGACCCAUUGUUGUCGUAUCCCUCUACGAUUCUUGGGCGAGAGAGGGCUAUUGUUUUGAACUUGGAGCAUAUCAAGGCAAUUAUAACUUCCGAGGAGGUAUUGCUUCGAGAUCCAUUGGAUGAAAAUGUUAUCCCUGUCGUUGAGGAACUUCAAAGACGUUUACCUCCAGUAAGUCUCAUUCCCCAAGGCCAAGGAUAUGGAAAAGAGUAUCCCACUGGGCAAAAUGAUGUUGAAGCGGGUGAAGAGGAUGAGUCUCCAUUUGAAUUCCGGGCAUUAGAGGUAGCUUUGGAAGCUAUUUGUAGUUUUCUGGCUGCACGGACGACGGAGCUGGAGACAGCUGCUUAUCCUGCUUUAGAUGAGCUUACCUCCAAAAUUAGUAGCCGUAACUUGGAUAGAGUUCGCAAAUUGAAGAGUGCAAUGACGAGGUUGACUGCUCGUGUGCAAAAGGUGAGAGAUGAACUGGAGCAAUUGCUAGAUGACGAUGAUGAUAUGGCUGAUCUUUAUUUGUCAAGAAAGUUGGCUGGUGCAUCGCCAGUUAGUGGAUCAGGUGCUGCCAAUUGGUUUUCUGCCUCUCCCACCAUAGGUUCAAAAAUUUCUAGGGCAAGUAGAGCGAGUGUGGCAACAGUACGUGAAGAUGAUAAUGAUGUUGAGGAGCUUGAAAUGUUACUAGAGGCCUAUUUUAUGCAAAUUGAUAGCACAUUAAACAAAUUAACCUCGUUACGUGAAUAUAUUGAUGAUACAGAGGAUUACAUUAAUAUUCAGCUUGACAAUCAUCGAAACCAGCUGAUUCAGUUAGAACUGUUUCUAAGUUCUGGAACUGUCUGUUUAUCCUUCUAUUCUUUGGUCGCUGCAAUCUAUGGUAUGAAUAUCCCGUAUACGUGGAAUCAUGGCUAUGGAUACAUGUUUAAAUGGGUGGUUAUUGUAGCAGGAGCAAUUUCUGCAGUUUUAUUCAUAUUAAUUAUGUCUUAUGCUCGCUACAAAGGUCUGGUUGGAUCUUGAAUUGAAAAGCCUAUUUGUUCCCCUUAGGGAAAUAACAUUGGAUUCUUCAUCCGAAGGGCAGAGGCUGGAUCUAUUCAAAUGACUUGGUCUGAAAGAAGUUUGUCCAAGUCAUCAAAAGCUUGAGUAAUUGAUUGGUUCAGGUGAAGACAAGUGGUAAUUGUAAAACAAUACAGAAUGAGAUACAUUUACUUGGCAGUUUUCCUUGAUAUUGAUCCAUAAUUUUUCCAUUUCUACUGAUGGACAUCAGUAUUUGGCAUGAACAUUGGUGUUAUAUUUGUACAUUAUAGCCAUUACUAUACAUUUCAAAGCAAACAUGGUUGUCAACUGAAAAAUAAUAUAUACAAGUAAUUUAUUGAUUGAGAUUAUUUUUUAUCA